GGUAACGGGCCAGGGCCAAAGCGACUUUCGCUACUUGGAUUGGUCGGCGUAGCUUUGGGCGGCCGGACCUUAGAAAGUCACACAUCUGCGCGCCUGUGUGGCCCCUGCUUCUGCGGAUGCUGAGGCACGUAAAAAAAAUUUGAAGAAGGGAAUUUCGCGGCAUUCUUGGCCUGGCUUCCUGGCGUAGCCAGCAAGCUCGGAGGUGUUAACCGCUGCUGUCAUGUUUCUUUUGCUAAACUGCAUCGUCGCUGUGUCCCAAAACAUGGGCAUCGGCAAGAACGGGGACCUGCCCAGGCCGCCGCUCAGGAAUGAAUUCAGGUAUUUCCAGAGAAUGACCACAACUUCUUCAGUAGAGGGUAAACAGAAUCUGGUGAUUAUGGGUAGGAAGACCUGGUUCUCCAUUCCUGAGAAGAAUCGACCUUUAAAUGAUAGAAUUAAUUUAGUUCUCAGCAGAGAACUCAAGGAACCUCCACAAGGAGCUCAUUUUUUUGCCAGAAGUUUGGAUGAUGCCUUAAAACUUACUGAACGACCAGAAUUAGCAAAUAAAGUAGACAUGAUUUGGAUAGUUGGUGGCAGUUCUGUUUAUAAGGAAGCCAUGAAUCACCUAGGCCAUCUUAAACUAUUUGUGACAAGGAUCAUGCAGGACUUUGAAAGUGACACGUUUUUUUCAGAAAUUGACUUGGAGAAAUAUAAACUUCUGCCUGAAUACCCAGGUGUUCUCUCUGAUGUCCAGGAGGGGAAACACAUCAAGUACAAAUUUGAAGUAUAUGAGAAUGAUUAAUAUGAAGGUGUUUUCUGGUUUAAGUUGUUCCCCCUCCCUCUGAGAAAAGUAUGCAUUUUUACAUUAGAAAAGAGACUUUUGUUGACUUCAGAUCUAUGGAUAAUUAUUUCUAAGCAACGUUGUUUUUAUUCCUCACUAAUCUUGGCUAUAUCAGAUACCAUUUAUGAAACAUUCUUGCUAUAACUGUCUCUCCAAGACCCCGACUGAGUCCCCAGCACCUGCUACAGUGAGCUGCCAUUCCACACCCAUCACAUGUGGCACUCUUGCCACUCCUUGACAUUGUCAGGCUUUUCUAAUGUUGGUAGUAUUUAUUAAAGAUGAAGACGCACAUACCCUUCAGCUGAGCAGUUUCACUAGUGGGAAAUACCAAAAGCUUCGUACAUGUAUAUCCAGAGGUUUGUAGACAAAUGUUGCAGCCUUUUUUGUAACAGUGAAAAACUGAAAACAACCUGGAAGUCCAGUGAUGGGAAAAUGAAUAUAUUUCUGUCUUAGAUUGGGGAACCCAAAGCAGAUUCUAAGACUGAAAUUUAAGUGAAAGCAGUUUAUUUGCUAGGUCAUACCAGAAGUCAUCAAUCGAAGUAUGGAGAAAUGGAACUGAGAAGGUAAAAACCAGUUCAAAAUCAGUGAGGAGGUUCUCAAUGGUAACGAGCUCCAUACUGCUGAGAUACAGGGAAACGGAGGGGAGAAAGCUAGAGUAUUUAACCCCCACUCCUUGGUUGUCAGCUCCCUGUCCUGUGUGUGGGCAGAACGUACUCCACCUACUCAAUAGCAAGUUCCAGGUGUUUGCUGAAAGAAGCUGCUGGAAUGUACGGGAACGGUGAAUGCCAAACAAAGCAAUUCCAUGUUUAAGUAUGUAAACUCUUCAUAUUUUUUUUUUUCUUUUUAAGACAUAAUUUCACUCUUGUUGCCCAGGCGGAGUGCAAUGGAACAACCUUGGCUCACGGCAACUUCCGCCUUCCCAGGUUCAAGCAAUUCUCCUGCCUCAGGCUCCUGGGUGGCUGGGACUACAGGCGCGUGCCACCACGCCAGGCUAAUUUUGUAUUUUUGGUGGGGACAUUCCAUGUUGGUCAGGCUAGUCUCGAACUCCUGACCUCAGGUGAUCCUCCUGCCUCGGCCUUCAGGGGUGCUGGGAUUACAGGCAUCAGCCACUGCACUUGGCAGAUCUUCAUUCUUUUAGUAAAAAGUAUAAAGCCACACAUGGUUUAUUUGAAAUAUUUUAUAAUUUAAAAAAGUACAGAAGCAGGAAAACCAAUUCUAGGUUCAAGUGAGGGAUGAUGGUAGUUUGAACCAAAGGAUUGCAUGUGGUAAGAAAUUGUGAUUUAAGAUAUAUUUUAAAGUUGGAAGUAGCAGGAUAUUCUGAUGGAGUUUGACUUUGGUUUUGGGCCCACUGAGUUUGAGAUGCCUUUGAGAAAUGAAAGAAGUAGAGAGAGAAUUAAAAACUGGCCAGGAGUGGUGGCUCACGCCUGUGGUCCCAGCACUUUGGGGGGCUGAGGUGGGUGGAUCACCGGAGACCAGCUUGGGCAACAUGGUGGAGCCCUGUCUCUACAGAAGAUACAAAAAUUGGCUGGGCAUUGUGGCACACACCUGUAGUCUCGUCUACUCGCGGGGCUGAGAUGGAGGGAUCAAUUGAGCCCAUGAGUUCAAGGCUGCAGUGAGUCGUGAUUUGGCCACUGCACUCCUGCCUGGGUGACAGAAGAGACCCUGUCUCAAAAAAGAAUCUGAAAACAACGGAACCAUGCCUUCAGAAUUCUAUAAAGUUAUUUUCAACUGAUAAAUCUAUAUUCAGGCAAAUAAUCAAGGGUGAAGGUAAAAUAAUACAUUUUUAGACAAGCAAAGACUCAGGGGUUACAUGUACCCUUUCUUGGGAAGCUAUCGGAGAAAAUACUCCAGCAAAAUGAAGGCGUACACAAACCAGAGAAUGACGUGGAUCCAGCAAAUAGUAUCCAACACAGGCAAUAUUCCAGCUAUGGAGCUAGCUUUAAAAAGAAACAGUAAAAAUACUAAUAGAUUAGCUGGGUGGGAUGGCCCAUGCUUGUAGUCCCAGCUACUCAGGAGGCUAAGCAAAAGGAUGGCUUGAGCCCAAGAGUUCAGAGCAGCCUGGCCACCAUAGUGAGAUCCCUUCUCUUAAAAAUAAUAGGUUAUUGCCAGAUUUGGGGCAUUUGGAAAGAAGUGCAUUGAAGAUAAAGCAAAAGUAAAAAAAAAAAAAAAAACAAGGCGGAAGGGUUGGUUAGGCAAUCAUUAAUUCUAGGGCAGGAAGAAGUACAGGAUAGGAAGUAAGAGCAUCAUACGCUGUUUUUCUCAACAAUGGGCAAUAUGUACAUAGUCAUAAUGAUGUGCUGACUGACUGCUUAGCCCCUAAAUCUGGUAACUACUUUGGGACAAUAUGGGGGGAAAAGUGAAGAUAGUGAUGGUGUAAGAGCUAAAUCCUCAUCUGUCAUAUCAAGAAAUCACUAUAUAAUGUAUAACAUAAUCAAGAAAUGACUAAGUAGUUAUGUGAAGAAAAGAAUGGAACAUUGCUAGAAGAGUUAGAAGUCAUUGCUCCAGAGAAUUAGGAGGGAUGGGGCAGGGGACUGUUAGGAUGCAUUACAAACUGAAGAGGCUUUUAAAGAUUACAUGUAUUAAUAUAUGCAUUCACUUGAAAAACUAAAAAAAUAGUAAUUUUUUAAAACCCAUGGAGGUAACUACCAGAAGGAAAAACUAAGAGAAUGAAAAGUGCUUUCCUCUAGAAAGAACAAGUCGCAGGACUGUUUUCAUUGUAAGACUUUUGGAGCCAUGUGAUUUUACUUAACCAUUUUCAUAUAUUUCUUUAAUAAAAAUAAUUCUAUCUUAAUAAAAAGUUACACUCAUUCAUUAAAAAAAGAAUUUUAAGACUGUAGUAAGAAUCAUAGUUUAUUUCUGUUAGAGAAAGGCAAUGUGUUAUACUUGGAAAGAGGUCAUAUUAAUUUUAUCACAUUUUUGGGACUCAGCAUCUUUAUAUUUUCUGAUUUUAAAUAAACAACUUUGCUUAUGAA